AACGGCUCGAUCCCCCGCCUGCGUCCGCUCUGAAUGACGUCAUACUGUUGCGACGGUGUGUCGGCUUCAAACAUGGCUUCCAGAUUAGAAAUAAAUUUUAUCAGAUUAUUGUCUCGCUGCGAGUCCAUAGCGUCUGAGAAACGAGGAGAGACGGAAUGGAGAUUAGAAAAGUAUGUUGGUGCCCUGGAGGAGAUGUUGGUGGCUCUGAGGAAAAGCCAGAGCAAGCCCACACCAGAAGUACUGACUGAAUACACAAGAAAAGUUGAUUUUCUGAAAGGACUUUUAGAGGCUGAGAAACUGUCUUCACCAACAGAAAAAGCUUUAGCUAAUCAGUUUCUCGCCCCCGGGCGAACACCCACGAUCGCUAAUGAGAGGAUGCCUGCCACUAAAACUGUCCACAUGCAGACGAAGGCCCGGUGUACAGGAGAGAUGAGGGACGAGCUGCUCGGCACGGGGUUGUCAGGCAAAGGCUCAUCCGAAACAGACUUGCGAAACAGAAGAGGUCUCCCUCUUGAUGAGCGUCAGUCUGCUGCAGAGCUGGAGGCUGUCCUGCAGCACCACCACAACCUGCAGGAGAAGCUUGCCGAGGACAUGCUCAACCUGGCCCAUAAUUUGAAGAACAACACUCUGGCCGCACAGAACAUCAUCAAACAGGACAACCAGACUCUGAGCCAGUCGCUGCGUCAGGCGGACAUGAACUUUGAGAAGCUGAAGACAGAGUCGGAGCGACUAGAGCAGCACACUAAGAAGUCCGUCAACUGGCUUCUAUGGCUGAUGCUCAUCCUGGUUUCCUUCUCCUUCAUCAGCAUGAUCCUCUUCAUCAGAAUCUUCCCCAAACUCCGAUGAUGACCGUUUCCAAUCAUGAACUCUUUAGCCCUGCAGCCUCCUGUGUUUACAGAGCAGUAACUACAUAGGCCUCAUAGAUCUGAACAGCGACGUCUGUAUGUGUGAUACCGAUCAGUAGUGGUCAGAACCAAAACAGUGGGACUGAAACAUUUGCACUUUGGAAACUGAAAUUCUUCCUAUAAAUGGGAAAGUUUAAAAUGUGGUUUGAAGCAUCAGGAUUCCUUUUAUUAUUAUUAUUAUUUUUUUGAAAAACAGAACAUGAAUCGAGGUGAAGAGCUUCUUGGAGCAGCAACGAAGUCUUAAUACCCAGACAACAGAGACUUGAGCCUUAAGUGUUUUCAUUUCUCUUCAGGUAGGCUACUAGCCAUUAAAUACAUUAAUGUACUUUCUCACUUAGUGGGACUCAAGUCAAAAUCAUCUUUGUUUAGAACAUUUUUUUUUCACUGUGCAUACAUAUGAAAGAGGUCACCAACCGUCCAUCAUCUACCGUAUGCUAGCCACAGUUAACACCAUGUUGAAUGAAUUGAAUACAGAGACUUAAUUAAUUAAUAGUUAAUUAAUUAAUUAAUAUUUAAUUAAUUAAUAGCUGUGUUUUACUUUAACUGCCCUUAUUUAGCAUUUAUUAACACUAUACAACACACUACAAACAGCGUUAAUCAGAUUUUUAAGUCUUAAUCAUUGUUUAGUAUUUGUAGACAAUUAUAACUUUACACAUGUAGACAUUUUAUGUUAUUUCAACAGGGUUUUACUAUAUUAUCAAUUAUCUGUGCUUAUACCAGCCUCCACCUAUGAGUUACAAAUACAGUAAACACUUAAAAUCUGUUUACCACUACGUUAUAGUGUGUUGUAAAGAAUUUAUUACGUGUUUAUAUAGUGCUUAGAAAUGCUAAAGAAGGGGGUAAAAGCAAGUCUUACCAAAUGCUCACUAAAAUAAAACAUUAUUAUCACAGGUGACAUUAAUCUUUCCGUGGAGCCAUUCAUUGUGAAGCGAUGUGGAGCUUUGUGCUGUUCGGUUUGUUUUAGUUCACCUCUUCUCACGUGUCUGAUAUCAUCACUCAGUCCUGUUCAUUUUUUAUGAGUCUGUAUGUUUUGGUUGUUAAUAUAUGUGAUGCUUGCUGAUGUUGAUGAAGUAAGAUUUGCUUAUCAUAUGACAAGACAUUACUUCCAGAAAGUAUGAAGAUGUAAAUUGCAAACAAUUUCUUUUAAUUCUUUUGGCAUAAUAAUUGUGAGUAGUGUGUGUUGGAGCUUUGUAUGACCAUUACUUAUAAACUAAAUACCUAAUUGCGCCCUCUGUUGCUCUGAAUAUGACGUGAUGCAGUGACUUGAUGCCACCAGUGUGUGUCAGUCAUAUCCUUAGAAGAUGAACAGAUAAUGACCUCAAUGACCCUGAUGGCCUGAUCAAGCCCUGAAUCCUAAAUUAAUCCUACUCAUUUAGAAGUGAUCUGAGGGUUGAAGUAUGGCUAAAUAAAGGCAGUUGGCCACAGAAAAAGCACACAGCAACC